AUGGCAACAUAUUCUUCCGUCGGCGAGACUCUCGCUCGCGAAAACCUUACAGAUCAAGUCUCCGCUUCCUCGACGCAGAAUCUGAAUUCCUGGUCUGGCAAAUACCGCGGGGCCGUCGUCGAAGACCUAGACCCACCUCCAGCCCUCUCCGUCUCCCCAAACGACUCCAUCUCCUCCGCCCUACUCGCCGCGUACGAGCGCGACUACAGCCAUUUGACCGUAAUAUCAUCCAGCACACGCGCCCUACUUGGGUACCUGAGCAUCCCGCGCCUGAAAACCCUUCUGAGGGAAGGGAAAGUAUCCGAAUCCGAUCCCGUCAAAGCAGCCAUGCAACGAUUCAAUCGCAAGAGGACGAACGUGUAUACAGUUAUUACAAUGGAUACUCCGCUCGAAGAACUGGAAAGAUUUUUCAAGGGUGAACCCAUGACUCCCAGGGAAGGAAAAGUGAAUUCGACGGCGGGAAUGGGAAAGCAGGAUUUUGCGAUUGUCACGGAUCCCACGAGGAAGUUUGUAUUGGGGGUUGUGACGGAGGGGGAUUUGCAGGAGUUUGUUAGGAGGAGGCCGUAA